AUGGAGGAUAUGCUAUCAAGAGUAUUGAAAAAAGUGGAGUCAACUGAUUCCUUUUGCAAGGAAACAACAGAUGAAAUGAAAAGCAUGGGGAAAGUUUUAAGUUCUCACUCAACUUCCAUCAAGCAAUUGAAAUCACAACUUAGCCAAAUCUCGGCUAUUCUAAACCAAAGACAAAAUGGCACACUCCCUAGUGAUACGGUUGCAAACCCAAAGAAUGAUGGUGAUCAUAAAUGCCAUGCAAUCACUACUAGGAGUGGCAAGACAAUUAGGGAAGAGAAGUUGGUGAAAGAUAAAUUGGUUGUUGAUGAUGAGGAUAUUAUUAAAGAGCCUAUAGAUAUUGAAGAAGAAGUUACUCCAAAGAAGAAGCAGGUUAGUAUUGAAAAGCCCAUUAUUAUUGAAGAAGUGCCGAAAAAUGAUGAAGCUUCAAAAAGCAAGGAAACGGUAAAGAAGGUACCAAGGGCUUUACCGUCUGUUCCAAAGUCUCCUCCAUUUACUCAAAGGCUAGCAAAGAAGGCGGAUGAUGGCAAAUUUAUAAAGUUCGUUGAAAAUUUGAAGCAACUUUCUAUCAACAUCCCAUUGGUGGAAGCCUUUGAACAAAUAGCGGGGUACGCUAAGUUUAUGAAACAUCUUGUCACCAAGAGGAGGCAAACUAGCUUCGGAACAAGGGAUAUUACACAUCAUUGUAGCUCCAUCAUUAUGAAGGCUUUAGUUCAAAAGAAGGAGGACCCCAGAGCUUUCACUAUUCCAUAUACCAUUGGGGCGUAUAAAUUUGCCAAAGUGUUGUGUGACCUUGGUACAAGUAUCAAUUUGAUGCUGCUUGCUACAUUCAACAAGUUGUGCUUGCUCACUCCCCAACCCAUAAAAAUGAGGUUACUAAUGGCGGAUCGAACCGUGAAGAAGCCGAUUGGAAUUCUCUUUGAUGUGCUUGUGAGGGUGGACUGUUUCAUAUUUUCGGCCGACUUUGUUAUUUUGGAUUAUGAGGUUGACUUCAAGGUCCCCAUUAUCUUGGGCGACCAUUCCUAG